CCGUAACUACAUACCAGGCGACUUGGCUCACUAAAACUGACAGUUGGAGUUUUCUUCAAUAGAACCCGCUUCCUUCUAUGCUAGCCUCUCCCGUCUCUUCCUCUCUCUCUCCUCUCCUCCCUUGGAUCACAAACCUUUUUGUCCAUCUUCUCUUUCUUCUUUUUUUCCCUCCUUCUCUAGCUACCACUAUCCUUUAUCCUGCCUUCGGGUUUUUCGCUAGUCUCUCUCCCCUCAAUUGCUCUCCAUCGCGCGCUGUCACCAACAAUUUCUAUUGUUUUCGUCGUGGGAUUUCUUGUCCCCCGUCGUCUGAAUUUAAAUUCCACGCCAACCAGAAAAGUCGCGUCACCGGGAAGACACUCAGCAUACACACAAAAAAUUACAAAAACGAAACCAACCAAGUAAAAUAAAUUCAAAGGGAACAAGAAAAAAAGACACAGCAAGGGCAUCUGGAUACCAUCUCAACCUCGGUCAACUGCUAUUUAUCAUCUGAUUGAUAAUUGACUUUGACUGUUUUUAAUUACUGUACAAUCAAUUCGAGCUCGACGACAGCUCCAUCCAUCGCUUUCUAUUCUCUGCAUAUACGGAUAUAC